AUGGUGCGCCUUGCUCUUUGGAUGCUUCUGGCGUCGUACAUAGCGCCUCUGGCUACUGCGCAGGUCUUUGACCUCUCUGAGUUACAGUGGACGCUAAAGAACCAGAAUGGUUCUAUAGUCGUACCCGGCUCCUUACCCUCACAAGCUCACCUUGAUCUUUUCGAGGCUGGUAUCAUCAAUGAACCAUUGCUUGGUAUCAAUGAGUUCACGGAAAGAUGGGUCAUAAACGAUAACUGGACGUAUACCGCGGACUUGACUCCCUUCACCAAAAAUUACAAGAGUGACACGUCCGACAAGAUGCUCCUUGUUUUCUAUGGAAUCGACACUAUUGCUAACAUUACGUUUGCCGGCCACCCCGUGGCUUGGGUCAACAAUCAGUUCCGACGUUACACUUAUGAUGUCUCAGACUACUUGAUUUCUCCUGCUGGAGAGGAUAAAAACUUGACGAUUGCGCUUGAAAGCGCAUGGUAUUACGGACAGAACGUGACAAUGCGACCAGAUGCUGAAUACUUCCCGAACAUUCCAAAUGUCGCCACGUCGGAUAAUUUUGAAUAUCCUAAUGUCCGUAUGUGGAUCCGCAAGAUCGACGACGACUUCGGCUGGGAUUGGGGACCAGCUUUCGUUCCCUGCGGCGUCUACAAACCGGCCUACCUUGUGACGCUCUCUGAGUCUGAGCCUCGAGAUAUAGCUUCUGGGGUCACGACAUAUCCUGCAACAAGCAGUUCCGUCCUUCUGGACGAAACUUCUCUCGAUAUCUACAAGUACGGCCAAAAUCCAUCUGUUGCUCCAGAUCAAUCCGCAGACUGGAUUCUUAACGUUACGUUUGGCAUCCGCUCAAUCAAAUCGUUCGAAAAGCCAACCGUCACUCUAUCCAUCCCGGAACUCUACCUCACAUCAGAGGCGCUGGAUCUUGGACCUAUUCCUGCCAAUACUGAUGAGAAUACAUACCUGAGUGUCUCCUGGUCCAUUCCAGACAGCGCUCCCGAAAGGUGGUAUCCGAUUGAUCUUGGUGCCCCCAAGCUCUACAACCUAACUAUCACUUUGGACCCCUCUCCGGGUCAGGGCGACGGAGCAAGUACUGAAUCAAUCACUCAGACUAUCACCACAGGAUUCCGUACUAUUCAACUGUUGCAAACCCCCUACUCCGCGGAGGAGAUUGCAUCGCGAGGUAUUACACCUGGUGACCAAUGGCAUUUCGCUAUCAAUGGAAAGGCGUUCUACAGCAAAGGAACGAACAUAAUCCCAUUCGAUCCCUUCUACUCACGCAUCAAACCUGAGGCAGUUCGUUGGGUCCUGGACAGUGCUAUCAAGAGUGGUCAAAACAUGCUUCGUGUUUGGGGUGGAGGCAUUUAUCAGCCAUCCGAUGCUGCUACCGACGGAGGACUGUAUGACUUCUAUAGUCUUUGCGAUGAGCUCGGUAUACUUGCGUGGUCGGAGCUCAUCUUCUCUGACUCGCUAUACCCCAUUAACGACUUCCUGCUGGAGUCUAUCGAGCCUGAAGUGCGUCAGAACGUUCGUAGGAUUAACAAGCACCCUAGCAAUGUACAAUGGGCUGGUGGCAACGAAAUCGAGGGUAUCGUGAUGAGCGCCAAUACCUCCCUUGCUAACGGCACGCAUUACCUGGAUGAGUUCGUUUACUUGUUCCAGGAUUACUUGCAUGAUAUUGUGCUUUCAGAGACGAACUCUGUUCCCCUCGAUCCCUAUGUCAUUCGUUUUGCAAAUGGUACCCCAGGAUAUAUUUAUGGGAAUACUGAGCGAUACAACUACAAUGCCUCGCUGGCUUUUGACCUGACAACGUAUCCUGUUGGUCGCUUUGUCAAUGAGUUUGGUUUCCACUCCAUGCCAUCGUUCUACAGCUGGGAGGAGGUCCUCGAAAAUCCCGAAGACUACGCAUUCAACUCCACUGUCGUCAUGUCGCGUGACCACCACCCUCCUGCUGGCAAUCUCGCGUGGCCGAACCCCAAUGCGCCUCAGGGCCAGUACCAAAUGUCCAGCGCUGUCGAGCUCUGGCUUCCCACUCCUGGAACUUCAGACUCAAACCAGACCUUUGCUCAAUGGUGCUGGAGUACUCAGCUUUUCCAGUCCAUGAAUAUGGUUGCACAGAUCGCAUGGUACAGGCGUGGUGCGGGUUUAGGCGAGAACAACCUUGGAAGCUUAGUUUGGCAACUGAACGACAUCUGGCAAGGUGUCAGCUGGUCGGCCAUCGAAUACUCCGGAAGAUGGAAAGUCCUUCAGUACGGCAUGGCGACUGUCUACUCCCCUGUCAUCAUCGAUCCCUUCUGGUUCCCAGGGAACGAGUCACUUACCAUCUUGGCUACGUCUGACCGCUGGGAGACGGUGGACGGUACUGCGCAAUUGACAUGGUAUGAUUGGAAUGGGAAUGCAAUCAACUCGAUGACCACGCCAUUCUCCAUUCCGACUCUGAACAACUCAAUUAUUUAUGAGGGAAUUGGCCUUGACACCAUACUGCCCUCUGGUUAUAACGCGAAUGACGUCUGGCUCCUGAUGAACGUGACUGCUACCACCGACAACAAACUUGUAACCAGCGAGUCCUAUUUCACUCCGGUGUCGCUUGCUUACUCCAACCUCGUCGAUCCAAAGAUCGCGGUGACCGCCAGUGACAACUAUACGUUCACGUUAUCUGCAAAGGGCGGCGUAGGUGCUUGGACAUGGCUCGAUCACCCUUCAGGGACGGUCGGGUACUUCGUUGAUACUACGACUGGACUUCCUUCAAACGGUUACUACCUCAUUCCUGGUAUAGAUCGCACUGUUCAAUUCAUACUCAGCACGAAACUCUCGACGGUCCAAAGUUCUGACCCUUCUGAUUUCGUAGUGAGAUCGCUGUGGAAUAAUACCCAUAUCUAA